AUGUCGAAUAGUGCUAUGUUAGAGACACUCGCGAAAGAGGCGGAUGCGCUGAGGAUGAGAGCAUUGGCAAAUGAGGAGCGAAUGGCCUCGCUGAAACGAAAGGCGUCUGAGAAUUUCAAGAAUGUGCCUACCCCUGCGCCCAGACAGAGCAAAUUGAGCAUCACGGAUGAAGAUCGAACCCUGGAGCCAACUGCUCCAGCGGACAGCAGAACCAGCUUCAAUGAUCACGCAAAUCUGACAAAAGAGGAACUCAUUGAGCGUCUGGUGCAAAUCGAAAACAUGAACAGAGACUGGGUUGCUUACAAUGAUCAGCGAGAAAUAUUUGUUCAAGAACUUACGGCAAAAUAUCACUCAACUACAAAUGAACUUAGCAACGCCGUAGCAAGUAUCGAAACACUCAAAAACAAUCAGAAACAAUUAGCAGAAGAAACACAAAGAAAAGCGGACGUGCAUCUUGCAAAUGCUCGAAAUGAAAUCAAACGAAAAGAAGAACUCAAUGAAGAUUUACUAGCGCGACUCAAGGAAGCUCAAGAGCAACUCAAGCUCGAGCAAAAAUUGCUAUACAACGCGAAUCAGAAAAAUGAAAAACUCGAGGUUGAAAUAUCGAACUUAGAAACGGUGAAUCAGAAUUUGAACAGAUUUCUUGAACAUGAUCGCUCCUCAAAAUGGAAUCAAACUGCUCCGGAGCCAACGGCGAUCGAAGAAAAAAUGGACAAAAUGUCUCGCAAACUCGACAAGAUCACCAUUCAAUCUGGUCAAAACACAGCACGAAGUACAUCAUCAAACGCGACAGAUACAUCAAAAGUGACAACACGCAGAAGCAAGGCAAAAAGAGCACCUCCGAUCCCACCCCUGCCAAAUCGUGCAAAAAUCAAUGAUCGUCGAUCGCUCGGUGUGGAAGUUUAUAGACCAGAUACGAUUCUGAAGCCGCUUGAUCCAAAGAGCACUAAAUCGAGAAGAUCUGUUGACACGACUGCGAUCAGCUGCGAAAACUGUGGGAAGAAAUGGCCGGUCUCUCAGCACGCUCUACUUCUCAAGCACUUGGACGAAUGUGAUGUCAUCUAA